UCCCCACGUUUCUCGUGCGUACUUCGCUGUUCACCUAUCUGUUCAGGACAGGCCUAUAUAAGAAAGAGUUGACGGGAGCACAUCACCGCUUGUCCCUUGGAUCAAAGAUGACGAAUCUCGUGGUUGUUCUUCUGCUGUUGGCGUGCUCAGUCCCACUUUCCUCCUCGAGGCAGGUAGGUGAUGAUGACAUCCAAGAGUUGUACGGAGUAGCCAGCAGCUAUUCGGAGUGUUCCAACACCUACUGGGGAAGACUGUGGUAUGCAAGAGGCAUUGUUCUGGUUGUCAGAAGCGGAUGCAGGAAGGAUCAGAGAACUUUCCGGGCGGCCCUGAAGAAGAUUCAAUGCUCUGACAUAACGGCUGCCGUCUCUAAGUUCUGUAGUAGCAGAUACACCAGAUUUUGGGCUACAAAUUUGGUGUGUCGGUUUGCCAGAAAAGUCAAUGAGCGCUGUGAGUCAAGCGAUGAUAGGAGCCCCUUGUGCAAACAGGCAAUGUCUCGAAUGCCUCGAAAAUGGGCUAGUUUAACGUGUAAAGGAUACGACAGGUAUUGCAAAAGUUCCAGUUACCUCCGCAGAUACUACAUUAGAUUUAUGUGUAAACUGACUGAAAAAUUCUAUUCUAACUGCUGUCAAGUCGAUCCAGUGACAGAGCCAAUCACAACACCUGAACCAACGACAACGACAACAGAGGUACCUACAACCGAGCCGCCAACAACACCACCGACCACUGCGGCUACAACCGACGCCCCUACAACCGAGCUGCCUACAACCCCACCGACCACUGAGGCAACAACCAACGCCCCUACAACCGAGCCGCCUACAAUCCCACCGACCACUCCGUCUGGACCAACUCUGCCAGAAGUCGCGGACAAAACUUUCUUAACCGCAUGUACACAACGAUGUGUCCGCAACGACCUAGUGGAUUCACUGUGUGGUACUGGGACGCUGGUCGAGGAAUGUGACAAUCUUCAAGUUCCAGAGUUUGUGGGAUCGUAUACCUGCUGUUCAGGUUAAUACAGUGGAUGCCUCCACAUUUCCACUGGAUGCUUCACUCCAUCUUUAUUCCGUGAUAAUAAACUAAUUUCGCAGCAA